AUGGUUAAUUUGCUAUUAAAUACUCAUAAUAAAAAAUAUAAGUCUAAUCAUAUGUAUAAAUUAAAAAACAUAAAAAAAAAUAUUAAACUUGAUUAUGGAGAUUGGGGAAUUGUAACAUGUAAAAGUGAUAUUAUAACACCGAACCAAAUCGAAGCUUGUAGAUGUUGUAUUGUUAGAAAUAUGAGAAAUAAAGGUAAAAUUUGGAUAAAAGUACGUCCUACUCAUAUAAUAUCUAAAAAACCUAAAGAUUCUAGAAUGGGAUCAGGAAAAGGUACAAUGUUUAAAUUAUUGUAUAUUUUAAAACCAGGAGAAAUUAUAUUUGAAGGAAUGAAAACACCUUUAGACAAUUUAGUUAAAAUAUUUAAUUUAAUUAAUAAAAGACUAAAUAUUAAAAUUAAACUUAUAUUAAAAAAAAAUGUUUUAUAA